CGCCGCUGCCGUCGUCGGAGGAGCCACCGGCAGCCCCGAGCGAGAGCGCAGCGAGGGGGCCGACCGCUGGUUCUACACAGACCCGCAGGGGCAGGUGCAAGGCCCGUUCACGGCGGCCGAGAUGCUCGAGUGGUACCGGUCCGGCUACUUCCGGCCGGACCUUCUGGUGCGCCGCGGCUGCGACGAGCAAUUCAGCCAGCUGGGCGAACUGGAGGCGCUCUGGGGCCGCGUGCCGUUCGCGCCCGGUCUCGCGGCGCCGCCCGUGCUGAAGCCAAAGGUUCCGGAGCCAGACGGCGGCAUUGCAGCGGCGUUCCAGCAGCAACAGCUCUUGCUGGCGCAGCAGCAGCACCAGUUCAUCCAGCAGCAGCAGAUGCGGCAGCAGGUGAUGGCCUCUGCGCUGAUGAAGCUGCAGCAGUCGGCUGAGUUCCGGGCCCAGCCGCCGGCGCAGCAGCAGCAGAUUCUCUCCCAGUACCUGAUCACGCAGCACCUGACAGAGCCGAUGAUGGCGCCGUCGCCGGACUUCUUCUCCAUGCAGAGCAUGAUAGGCAAGCCGACCGUGACGCUGCCCAGCGUGCCCGGUAUGCCUGGCAUGCCAGGUAUGCCGGGCAUGGGCGUCCCGGGCGGCGGCAUGGCGCCCAGCGCACUCCAGCAGAUGCUGCAACAGAUGCAACAGCAACAGCAACAGCAGCAACAACAGCAGCAGCAGCAGCAGCAGCAGCAACAGCAACAGCAACAGCAGCAGCAACAGCAGCAGCAGCAGCAGCAGCAGCAGCAGCAGCAGCAGCAGCAGCAGCAGCAGCAGCAGCCAAAGGUGGUGUCGGGCGAGGCAGUCUGA